GGAGUUGUGGAAGUUCUUAGAUCACCAACGAACAAAUUUCAAGUUCUCCUUAAUGCUUCAUUUGGCGAUAAGCCUGAUUUGGGGUUGUAUUACACCAUUCGAACAGGAAGCAAUGAGGUUUUUCUGCAAGUGGUAAGUAGGUGGUUAAAGUUGCAUUUAGCGGAGGUGGUUCAACAGCGACUUUAUGCCGAUGUGGAGGAAGAUACGGUCUACUUACAACUUCUACUGAUAACCGUCGCUUCUUUGGUGUUGGUUGUUUUUGUCGUCUCAAUAAUCUUUUCUUGCUGGUGGAUAAAGAGUCGCCAAGAAAGUCUGGACACUGGUUCGUAUUACGUAGACGCUACUGAAAUGGAAACCGCAUAUUCACGUGUGCGAUUUAAACUUUUGCUGAUUUCGCAGCCCGAAUGCAAGACGGACUCGAGGGUUGAUGGAAACGGCGUGGAAUCCGUGGAUGCUGAGAUUGAAUUAAUUUCCUUGGGACAGAACCCUUACAGCAAUGAAGGCGCAGGCACAAGGGCACUCACAGGUGGAGAGUACACGACAUUCGCGUCGCUGGCAGAAGAGCUGUCAGCUGCGAGGUCUGGACUGUCGAGCAGCGAUCCGCACUCGGCCCUCCCAGGAGUAACCCAUACCCUCCCCCGCUACACCAUCGCGGGCAACAACGGCACAUCGAGUGGCAGCGGCGGCGGUGCUGCGGUCCCUCUCGGGGUACCGCCGUCAGUACUCUCCCCGGCUAUCGCCUCCACCUCUAGCACCUUCGGCGCCUCCCUCCCGCGUAUGCCCGCCUUCGAAAGAACCGCCAUUCCUGUAGGCAUGAAAAUCGGCCUAGCCUCGACAACCGGACGCACCCGCCACGUGGCGAAGGAGUUCCUGGACGAGUCUGUGCUGAAUGUGGCGUCACGGAGACUCAAGCCGACGACGGACCAGACAUCGCUCAGGCGUCCGCCGCUCUCCAACCUCGUCGCCACACCGUCCAGCACGCAGCAGGUCGUCCUCGUUCCAGCUGUUUCGGGCAGCGCAACUACCGCCGAUCAGGCGUUCCUUUUGGCUUCGGCAGCUGACGGCGUAAUGCGUCCACUGUCACCGAUCGGGGUUGUGGAAACACUCGGACCGUCGGCUCUGGUGAGCGGUCAGCUGGUGAACCCGUGCGAAAUCCAUCCAAUCGCGGUGUCGACUCCGACAGGCGCCCUACUCGUGCAAGUGGAUCCCACUCAAUCGCCCACAGCGACGUCCGAUGUGAGUGUGUUUCAACACCACAGUCCAACUUUGCGGGCAGCCGCCGGAGCACCUGUCGGUGGAAUGCCAAUUUUGGCGGGCGAUUUACUCGCAGAGAUGGCGGCAUGCCCCCAGCACAGUUAUCUUGUGCGCCAACAGAUAGAUUCCACAUUUGAGACGUCUCCGCCAAUCAGCGUGGCCCCUGUUGAAACCAUAGGUACUGCCGCGGCCGUUUCUAGCGUAGCAUCUCAACUUAACGAAGAGACACUGGUCGGUGCACCAAGUACUCUAACUCAUGACCCUCCCGACCCUCCUGUCUCCGAUCCUCAACCCGGAGCCGAGAUCCCUGCUAACCCCCCUGACGAUUCAAGCCAAAUUUCCACAAAAAUUCCGCCUCCUAUUACUCGACGCCAGGCGUCUGCGGGGUGUUCUGAAACGCUUCCUCGAUCAAUGGGACGCAGUGGUUCCCACACUGAUAGCGUUGACAGCGAUCUCAAUAGGCCGGGCUCUUCUGCAACACUUCCAGCAGGAAGCGGUUCGGGAUCGGCACGAAAAUCAGCUCUCAAGGGUCCAGGCGGAUCCAAGGUCAGCAAGCAGAUACGUUUCACUUUCCUCAACCUCGUGGCCAUCUCUUGCGUAGUAACGGUUGCCAUGGCCUCAAGCGUUCUUACAGACUCCGAAGCCGACGGUGCUAGUGUGCAUGGCGUAAACGUGAUAAAAUUUCCAUCUCCAACGCCUAACACCACUGCCUCGGCAUCCGAACGCGUGGAUGCGCGUCAUACAACAGGCGCAUUCCUUCGCGUCACCCUGUGGAUACCAGAUUACUUUGCUCUGGGAGGGGAGGCCUCUAAACGCCUCCAAGGCCUCGACAACAGCACUCUGCGUCGGAAACCGCCCGCUUCCAUUCAACUCUGGCUCAACCGCACCAGCCGCACUGAAGUCCACCUCGGACCGAACGUCCAUCGUAGUGCCGUGGAAAUCUACGAAGUUGGAUCGGGGCGGGAUCGUCAAGUUCCAGCUGAAGUGACCUUCAUCUUCUUUCCACCACACAAGUCAAUCGAAUCUCGGCACUCUUUCACGCUCCAGGCACCACCUCGUCAAGUAGGCACACCCAGUCACCCCUUGGCUUCAACUCAAGCCAAAACAUCUCUGCGUCAUGUCGUGGUGUGCCCUCGUGUGGCGGAUGUAGUGCAGUGCGUGAUUUCUGAGCGCUUAGCUUGCUUCAAAGACCUUACCAGCGCGAUGGCAGCAGACGACGAUUACGCCAAAAUGGAGCUCUGGAACCUCGAGAUCAUCUUCGCGGUUGCAGCGACGCCUGUAAUUGACUUGGUGUCGUUGGGUCGCGCUAGAGUCGUGAUUGUGGGCUUGAAAGCACGUGUUCCACGCACCGCGACUCCGUUGUGGCCCUUGCAUCAGCUUGCUUGGGUUUGGGGUCGCGUCCAGCCCAGCCGAUUUAUGUCGCACAAGAGUCCGGCCCCCACUACGGGUGUAAUUUACGGCCUCUUUCAGCUGGACGCGGGUACAAAGUGCAAAUUAACCCUGGCGUGUUCACGUCUCGACACGCAGCCCGACCUCCUACCGCCAGGCCCGAACUCUCCAGACACAUUCCAUUGGCAAUUCUAUUCACGACUGGAAGAUCAGUCUUUUACCGUGUACGGUUCCCAAUUUUCCUAA